GAGAGAGAGAGAGAGAGAGAGAGAGAGAGCAUCGGAACUCAACAAAGUCUCAUCUUCUGACCUAAUAUUUAGUAUUUUUCCCAAUAGAUAUAUUUGUUUGAACAGGAACAGGAAUAAAUAUACGGUAUAUUCAUUCAUUUAUAAAAAGCACACCUCUCUUGAGGAAGAAAAGGGCAGGUGCUGAAGCCCCUUUUUAUGUCUAUGUGUGCACAUGCCUGCUUAAAAUAUGGCUAUAAUGGAAACCCUUUUUCUGAUUUCACUCAGCACAACCACGCUACUGGGCACUGUUCGGAUUCUACUUGCCUUGUAUGUAUUUUUUUGCAGCGUUGACCAUCAAAGAAAGGAGCCUCCAGGACCCAGGCCACUGCCUGUGUUAGGCAAUUUGCUGCAGCUGGAUGCUAAGUUACCCCACAGGACGCUGUAUGAGCUCUCCAAGAAGUAUGGAUCAGUAUUCACGGUCCAUUUUGGGCCCAAAAAAGUGGUGGUGCUGGCAGGAUACAAGACGAUCAAGCAGGCACUAGUCAAGAAUGAUGCAUUUUCAGAGAAAGAAAUUUUCCCAAUUAUCCAUGACCUAAAAUUAACACAUGGAAUUGUAUUUGCUAAUGGAGACUCGUGGAAAGAAAUUAGGCAAUUUGCCUUGACUAACCUGAAAGACUUUGGAAUGGGCAAAAAUGCAUGCGAAGAGAAAAUCUUAGAGGAGUGUCAACGCCUGGAUGAAGUCUUUAAAGCAAAAGAAGCUAAGGCCUUUGACCCAGCCCAGCCAGUAAACUAUGCUGUCUCCAACAUCAUAUGUUGCAUUGUUUAUGGCAACAGAUUUGAAUAUGAUGACCCAGAGUUCAGACUGAUGGUGGAUCGAGCCACUAAGAACACUCAACUCAUGGGCUGUCCUUCAGUACAGUUAUAUAACCAUUUUCCAUGGCUGUUCAGUUGGCUUGGAGCUCGAAAGCAACUGAUGAAGAAUGCGUUUGCUAAUAGGAGAUGCAUGACAAAGUUGAUCAAGGGUUUACAGGACACCCUUGAUCCACAGAUGUGCAGAGGUUUGGUGGAUGCCUUUCUGGCCCGAAAGAUACAACUUGAGGCAUCCGGGAAUAUGAAUUCUUACUACCAUGACGACAACCUACUGAUGACUGUUGUCAACCUGUUUGCUGCUGGCACUGACUCUACGUCCUCUACUAUUAGAUUUGGCUUACUGCUCAUGGCCAAGUACCCAAAGAUACAAGACCAGGUCCAGGAGGAGCUUGGCAGGGUGGUAGGAAGCCGUCAGGUCCGGGUAGAGGACAGGAAAAAUCUACCAUACACUAAUGCAGUCAUCCAUGAACUACAGAGAUUUGUCAGCACUGCCCCCUUAGUUUUACGUUGCACCUCCCGAGAUGUCACCUUCAAGGGCUACUUCAUCAAGAAGGGCACUCCUGUGCUUGUUCUGCUGUCAUCUGCACUUCAGGAUGAAGAUGAAUGGGAAAAGCCUUACAUCUUCAACCCAGCCCAUUUCCUAGAUAAGGAAGGGAAUUUUAGAAAGAGAGACGCUUUUCUACCGUUUUCUGCAGGCUCAAGGGUUUGUGUAGGGGAGAGUUUGGCCAGGAUGGAGCUGUUCCUCUUCUUCACCUCCCUCCUUCAGUGCUUUCGUUUCACUCCUCCACCUGGAGUUACAGAGGAUGAGCUGGAUGUGACACCAGUUAUGGGCUUGAUCCUCACCCCUUCACCUCAUGAGCUCUGUGUGAUCAGCAGAUCUGACAAAGAUUAACAAAUGAACUGGCACUGCUAUCUCUCAUUAAGAAACAUUACAAUGAUUUGUCCUUAAAUAUGAAGCCUAUAAUUAAUCACAAUAUUCAGUUUAUAUUAUCUUAGUUUAGUUUUAGUAGUUAUGCUUAUACAUUAAACUACAGCUCUUAAAUUUCAGUCCUCCUGCGCAGGACGUGAGAUGAACUGCACCUUUGGUAUGCUUCUGCUGUUUGCUGCCAACAUGCUGAUCUCACUGUUUUAUCUGUAUACUAAACUCUAUAGCACUUAAUAAACUUUUUAUGAUAAAAUUUUAUGGAACACGCA